CAACUCACAAGUACGGGUAGUUAACAAUGAAAGUACCCGCUACUAUCUUGUUGCUCGCGUUGACAUGUUCGUUGGUCACUGCGUCUACCACACGCCCAAUCGUGAAGGCAACCACGGGCCCUCGCCCGUACUACUUGAUCGACAACCUGCCUGAAGGCGCACUCAAGACCAAGCUCGAGUCUUGCGCAGAUGACCGGAUGGUGCCCAGCGAUUUCUCCAUCGGCCAUCGCGGGGCCGCGCUCCAGUUCCCGGAACAUACCCGCGAAUCGUACGUCGCGGCGGCGCGGACCGGCGCCGGCAUCAUCGAGUGCGACGUCACGUUCACCAAAGACAAGGAGCUUGUGUGUCGGCACGCCCAGAACGAUCUGCACACUACCACCAACAUUCUCUUGACCCCGCUGGCCGCGAAAUGUUUCAAGCCGUUUACCCCGUACGACCCCGCGACGAAAUCGCCAGCUACCGCGGAAUGCCGAACCACCGACAUCACGUUAGCCGAAUUCAAAACCCUCGUGGGAAAGAUGGACGGAGCCAACGAGAACGCGCUCACGGUGGAGGAAUACGUGGCUGGGACGCCAUUGUUCCGAACCGACCUGUAUACGCCCCCCGCUAAGGGGGGGACCCUCAUGACGCACAAGGAAAGCAUCGAGUUGUUCAAGCAAUUGGGGGUGAAGAUGACCCCCGAAGCCAAGGAAGCCGUCGUGGAGUGGCCUUAUGACGGGUUUACACGGGCAGAUUUUGUGCAAAAGAUCGUCGACGAGUACCAAGCGCUCAAGGUGAACGCGUCGGAUGUGUUUAUCCAGUCGUUCAUAUUGGGAGACCUGGCGUACUUGACUACGAGCUACCCGGACGGCUUUGGCGCUACCGCCGUGUACCUGGACAGCGCCGAUACGAUCAAAGACGUACCAUCCAAAGCCACGUUGGCGUCUUGGAAAGCGUCCGGAAUCAACAUCUGGGCGCCCCCCAUCUGGGUGCUCCUGCAGGCCAAAGACGGCCAAAUCGCUCCAUCGCAAGCUGCCAUCGAUGCCAAAGCCGUCGGCCUCGAUUUGAUCGCGUGGUCGCUGGAACGGUCGGGGUUUAUGACCAACCCGGACCAUGGAGGAUGGUACUACCAGACGUUGAACUCGAUCAUCACGCGCGAGUCAGAUAUCCUCGUGACACUGCAUGUGCUAGCCCAGGACGUUGGCCUCCGAGGUAUCUUUACCGACUGGCCAGGCACGGUCACGUACUACGCCAACUGCUUUGGCUUGGCGCGAGCCCAAUGUUAACUAACUGUUACAGUGGAAUACUAGUAAUACAACGUUCGUUACUACAGACA